AUGGCGGUCUCACGACUUUGUCCCCUCGCUUUAGCGUUUAGCGUGGCUUUGAUCAUUGCUGUUUCGACAGUUUACACUUUCAUCAAUGGAUACAGCGAAGACUUUAGUUUGGUGUUUAAAUUCAAGCGAAACCAAGGACCGUCCGAAAGGCUAUCAAAUCUUGACAAGGGAAUGCCAUUCCCGCAUGAAAACAUUCGCUUACCGAAGCAAAGAUUUUUCAUCUGUUCUAACCAAUCCCUAAACGUACCUUUGAUUUCAAAUUGCAGAUACCUGGCCACAACUCAAUUCGAGGCCACAAACGCUCGCUCAGCAUUUCCAUGUUUCGAUGAGCCCGCAUUUAAGGCGGUUUUCCACAUCACUGUAGUACAUGAUUACAAACACAAAGCGCUGUCUAACAUGCCUCUUGAGUCGCGUGAGAGGAGACGCGAUGGUCUUGUGGAGAGUCAUUUCAGCGCAAGCGUUCCUAUGCCAACGUAUCUGGUGGCGUUUAUCGUGUGUGACUUUGAGUAUAAAGAAACAAAGACUAAGAGUGGCAGAAAGAUAAGGGUUUGGUCCAAGCCCGAUGCAAUCAACAGCGUAGACUUCGCUCUCGAUGUUGCCAAACGCGCGUUGGAAUUUUACGAAGAUUUCUUCAAGGUGCCAUAUCCACUUCCUAAGUUAGAUCUCAUAGCAAUUCCAGACAUGGGCGGUGCAAUGGAAAACUGGGGACUGGUAACAUUUCGUGAAUCGGCUGUACUGUUUGACCCAGACACCGGAAGCGUGGGUGACAAAAAAUUAGUAACCAUGAUUGUUAAUCAUGAACUUGCGCACCAGUGGUUCGGCAACUUAGUGACGAUGAAAUGGUGGAAUGACCUGUGGUUGAAUGAAGGAUUCGCUGUAUACAUGGAAUAUCUUGCCACUGAUAACUGCAAUAAUCAGUGGAAAAGGGAAGACCAAUUCAUACUGGACACGUCGAGAGAAGCUCUAGAUGUAGACAGCUCAAUUUAUACACAUCCUGUGUCAGUUAAAGUUCACAAUCAAGCAGAAAUAAACGAAAUCGUGGAUAAAAUAACAUAUCACAAGAGUUCAGCCGUCAUUAGAAUGAUGCAAAACUUCCUCGGAAUGGAAACUUUUAGAAAAGGAAUUCAGAUUUACUUAAACGAUCAUCAAUUUUCAAAUGCCAAGGCGUUGGACCUUUGGAAAGCGAUGAGUUUGGCGACUGGAAGUCGUAUAGACGUUGCAACAGUAAUGGCUCCAUGGGUGAGGCAAAAAGGAUUUCCUGUUAUUUCAAUUAUCAGCGUUAAUACUCAGAAGAAAGAUGGCCACUUGUUGUACACAGCGAGUCAGAAAAGAUUCUUCAGAGAUUUUACUUCGCAACACUUAAAGGACGGACAUAAGGAAACACCUGGAUGGUAUAUCCCUCUGACAUACAUUACCAAAGACUCACUUGGUGCUGUCAAAACAGUUUGGAUGAACAACACUUCAGUUACAUUUCAACUUUCCUCCAGCAACUCUGGUUGGUUCAAGGCAAACGUAGGACAAACAGGUUUUUAUCGCGUCAAUUAUGACGACGAAAACUGGAAACGCCUGAGUCAGCAACUACUUCACAACCACACGGUACUAAGUCCAUCAGAUAGGAGUGGUUUGAUAGACGAUGCACUGAGUUUAGCAAAAGCGGGCGUACUAGAAUACAAAACCGCCUUGCAGAUGAUUGAGUACUUAAACCACGAACUUGAGUAUGUUCCAUGGGCAGUCACUCUGCGAUCAUUGGCUUACACUGGAAACAUGUUAAACCCAAGAGCUGCCUUCAAGUUGUACCAGCAAUUCAUCGUGGAGAAAAUAAAGCAUUUGGGAAUGAUCCUUAGAUGGGAGAACACUGGCGAACUAAUUGACAAGUCUCUUCGCGAUCUGACUCUCUCUACUCUGUGUUCACACGGUGACACAGAGUGCGUAAACAAGUCCAAAAAGUUAUUUAACGACUGGUUAAUGGUCAAUGGAAGUAAGCCCAUUGUGCCACACCUUAGGAAGACUGUUUACUACACAGCUGUAAAAUACGGUGGUCAAAUCGAGUGGGAAAUUCUAUGGACAAAAUACAAGGAAUGCAAAAAUGCAGCAGAGAGAGAAAAGAUCAUCUUUGCUCUUGGUGCUACACGGGUUAAAAACCUUUUGAAAAGACUACUAAAGAAAGCUUUGGGGAGCGGAAGCGAGGUCCGCUGUCAAGACUUAAUUCAAAUUAUUGGCACUGUGGCAAGUAACCCUGAUGGGCGACUGCUUGCGUGGAAAUUCUUUCACAAGAACUUCAAAAAAAUCGUAAAAAGGUAA